AUGUCAAAUGCCACACCAGAGCCUCACCACAUCAUAGCCGCCAGUCAAGAGCCUCUCCAUAAAAUGGCCGACAGCCGAGUCACUCCUCAAGAUGGCUGUUGCACUGACAAGCAACAAUUAGAAAUGGCAAAGGUGCUGAUGUGUUCUGAUCACGAUGAGAAGCUUAAACUGUUCUGUAAGACUUGUCAGAAGCUGGUGUGUGUCAUCUGCAGGGAUGGAGACAAACAUGCAAGACACGUCUUUAAACCAGUGAAAGAAGCUGCACAGAUCAACAAGAUGGUGCUGAAGGCUGCUUUAAAUUUUCUUGAUAAAGAAAACGGACAAUUCAAAUCCUUGAUCCACAAACAGAAAACUGAGAUCACCAAAACGGAGGAUGAAUCCAAAACCUUAUUAGCAAAAAUCUCUGCUCAGUUUGAAGAAAUGCACCAGUUUUUACGACAAAAAGAGGCAGAGGCGAAGAAACAGUUGGAGAACGAGGAGGAGAAAGUUAUAGAAGUCAUGCAGAAAAACCUGUCCAUGAUUGACUUGAGGUUUACAGAGAGCAAAAAGAAUGAGGAUAUUCUGCAGCCAGCCUUGGAGUUUGAUCAGCCCGAUCACUUUCUACAGUGGUGGAGUGAAACAGGACUUAAACAGACAGAGGCCAUGCAGACAGGCAAUGGGACACCAUCAAAUACUCAGUAUAUGUCAAAGGUGAAUGAUCUUAUUGUACGCACUGGUUCCUUCUUCCUUGGCCCCCAUGAAACUCACCUGCAGUUCUUUGUGUGGAAAGAGAUGCUGGGAUCCAUCAAACCAGUUCCUGAGAGUUUGACCCUGAAAAAUCCUGGACAGUCAUACUUAAAAGUGUCUCCAGGGGGCGCCAGAAUCCGACAAGCUGACAGAGUGACUGGUCUGUAUAAAGACUUCAACCCUGGUACAGUUUCAGAGGAAAACUUCCAAACUGGCCAGCACUACUGGGAAAUAGAGGUCAGAGAAAAGCCAGACUGGACUGUGGGAGUUAAGAUGGGAGCAGCAAAGUCAGCUGAGAGUGAGAUCCUGCUCCACCUUAAACACAGUAAAGGAUACGUUCUGUCCUGUGAUGGAAAGGACACUACAUUGAAUACUCGAGACAAACCACAGAAAAUAGGGUUGUAUCUGGACUGUGAGAGAAAGCAGGUGUCAUUCUAUAACGCAGACAGCAUGUCUGGCUUGGCCCAGAUAAACUACAAACUAAUUAAACCUUGCUGUCUUACUCUGGUUCCAGGACUUUAUCUGGAUGGAAUGAACAGUGAUCCUCUCACUGUCUGCUCAUAUGAGUUUAACACUGGCAAAUGCUGACAUGCUAGCACAGUUACUAGCUGCACAUUUUUGAGACAUUGUAAACGUCUCAGAUUUGAGACAUAGGGGAUAUCUAAGUCAUCAAAGAUCAGAUUAUAACAAAGAUGUUUUAAGCUUUACAGCUGUGUCUGCUAAAUGACACAUCAUGAUAAUUUGAACUACAAUUUAAUUUGGUUUCAAGAACAAGGAGAAAAAUUCAUUCUUCAAAUUAAUUUCUCAAUUGCAGGCCAGGAUGUCUGAGUUUGACCAACAAAAGAGUAAUUAACAAUCAGG